AUGUCCAGCGGAUCAGUCCAGGCCUACUUGAUAGCCUCCUCAAGUGCGCGGCAGGGUCCCGCCGUGGCAGAGUUGUGGGAUCCAGCGAGGAAUGAAAAAUUGCAAGAACUUUUUCUGCAAGAGAUACGCAUGGGAGAACUUUGGUUGUCUAGAGGAGAGCACAGAAUGGGGGUUGAACAUCUCAGCAAUGCCUUUUCAGUGUGUGGGCAACCACGGGAACUUCUGAAGGUUUUUAAACACACACUCCCUCCCAAGGUAUUUGAGAUGCUGUUACACAAAAUUCCCCUUAUUUGCCAGCAAUUUGAGGCAGACAUGAAUGAACAGGAACACUUGGAGGAUGAUCCUGAUUGAAAAACAUUUCAA